AUGAGUAAACAACAACAAAAACAAAAAUCUUUGCAAGCAAUAACAGCCAACAAUAAACGUGAUAAUCAACGUGAAAAGUUAAAAGAUAAUUGGGAAGUUUCGACAGCUGUGACUACUUUUGAUGAAAUGAAACUUAAACCAGAAGUAUUGAAUGGAAUUCGCGAAUUAAAUAUUGCAAAACCUACACCUUUGCAACAACGAGGAAUAACUGCAUUGCUGACACGUAAAGAUUGCGUAAUUCAAGUUCCACGGUGUGAAGAGCGUGCUUUAACAUAUUUGACUGCUAUCCUUGAACAAAUUGAACCCGAGGAAAAAAUUUGUCAAGCCGUUGUUAUCAUUCAUCUUAAAGAUCUCUGUUAUGUUAUUCAAGAUUUUCUUAGUAUUCUUGGAAAAGAAUUACAACUUUCUUGCUUCACGUGUGUUGGUGGAUUUCCAUUAAGAAAAGACAUCGAAAGAUUAAUGAAUAGUCCACAAAUUAUUAUUGCUACCCCAGGCAGAUUGAUUGAUUUAAUAAGUCAAAGAAGAAUCGAUUUUUCGGGAGUGAAAACGGUAGUGGUCGAAGAUUCUUGUAUCAUGUUCAACAGUACAUUUCGAUCACAAACCUUUGACAUAAUUUUUCGGCUUGCAAGAAGAUAUGAUACUGAUGAUCGUCAAAGAGUUCAGCGUGUCCUAAUGACCACGGCAACAACUUUUACCUUGGCAGACAUUAAAAAUAGAAUUUUACAAGAACCACAUAUUGUUAUUGAUGACUCGUCACAUAUUAAAGAUGGGUUGAGAUUAUAUUAUUCGAUUGUUGAUAAAGAAGAUCAAAAAUUAGAUGCGCUUUUUGAAUUUUUAAAAAUGGUUUUAGUUUCUUUUAAUGUUGGCAAUUUUCACGAUAAGUUUAAUAUUUUUGCUUUGCAUUUAUCUACAGAACAAUUAGAAAGACACGAAAUUAUCAAAUCGUUCUGGAACAAAAAAUCGACAAAAUCAUCAAUUACAAUUACUUUAGAUUGUUUUGCUUCGGUAUUGGCCUUUUAUCCAGUUAAAUAUUGCAUACAAUUUGAUUUGCCUUUUAAAAAGGAAAACUAUCAAGAUAGAGACACAAGUCGUCGUCAAUAUAGAAACAACCCUUACCCACGACAACCAUAUUCAACACACUACAAUAACGGAAUUGGAAUUCAACGUAAUGUAAAUACCUAUCAAAGUUCCUCCUAUAUUAGUGGUAGUAGUGGUAGUUCUACAUCUUAUCAUUACCAUCAACAACACUCGAACAGGUUCAACAACAAUAAUAGAGAAACAGGACCACCGACAAAAGUUCCGAAGAAUCAAAGAUCACUACCCUCUAAAGAAAUACCACAACCAUCACCAAAGAUCAAUGAAGAAGAGGUUCAAAAAAAUGCUAUUCGUUAUGGAAAGUUCGAACUUAAUAUAAAGGAAAGGCUUGAUAGUUUUAAAGAGAAAAAGAAAGAUGGUCCAAUAAUCUGUCAUCGUGAAAUGAAAGAAAUAACAAAAGGUUUUGAUAUACGAUUUGAUGAAUGGAGCAGUUUUGUUGCUGCUGCGCCAAAAAUACCACCCAGACCAAAAGAAAAAAAUCCACAACCUAAUAAUAAUCGUUUUUCUCCAUACAACAAGGCAUCAUCAUCUCUAUCACAACAAAAACAAAUUAGGUUUGGGUAA